AUGGCCGCUGGAUUCUACGGAGCCAGCGGCCGUGCCAGCAAGAAGUCUCGAGCCCAGGCCGUGGUAAGGCAGGCGAAGGACCACAUCAACAUCGGCACCAUCGGUCACGUCGACCACGGGAAGACCACCCUCUCAGCUGCUAUCUCGCUCGUGUGUGGCCAGUUCAGCACCUCGGACGACACCACCAAGAAGUCCUAUGAGGAGAUCGACAAUGCGCCAGAAGAGCGUGCCCGUGGUAUCACCAUCAACGCUUCGCACAUCGAGUAUGAGACAGAGACCAGGCAUGUCUCAGGAAGUGCGGAAGGAGCUUGCCAGAUGGACGGCGGUAUCCUCGUCAUUUCCUCUCCGGAUGGCCCAAUGGCCCAGACUCGUGAGCACAUCCUCCUCUCGAAGCAGGCGGGCUCCCAGUCACAGGAGUUUAU